GGACUUGACGUCCGGGCAGGUGGAGCUCCGGUGUGACGAGCUGUACACAAUGCGAAGAGAGCCGAGCCGAGGAAACACUUUAAUUUAAACAACACAAAUUAAACUUCAGCGCAGUGCGGCGAAUCAAACAUCAUCCGCCACGUCAAGGACGCGCUUUACGUCAAACAAUGUCCGCCACAGAAGAGGCACCUUCAGCACAAAGUGCGCAAUAGUUUAAUGGGAGCGGUAACCUGAGCAGAUAUGCCGGCCGACGACAAGGUGGCCAUCCUGUCGGAUGACGAGGAUGAGCCGAAGAGGAAGUACGUGUUGUCGGAGCCGUCCGACGCGCAGCCGGCGGGCGCCGCCUCCUCCUCCGAGCCGCCGCCGGCGGCGGGGGGCGACCCCGUGGACUGCUGCGAGAGGAUGUGCCUCCGCAUCAACAGCCGCCUCCUCGUCUCCAAAGUCUUCUACUUCUUCUUCUACGCCGCCUACGGCUCGCUGCACCCCCUGCUCGCCGUGUACUACAAGCAGCUGGGCAUGUCGGCCAGCCGCAGCGGGCUGCUGGUCGGCAUCCGCUACUUCAUCGAGUUCUGCAGCGCCCCCUUCUGGGGGGUGGUGGCCGACCGCUUCAAGAAGGGCAAGGCCGUCCUCCUCUUCUCCCUCCUGUGCUGGCUGUUCUUCAACUGCGGCAUCUUCUUCGUGAAGCCGGCCCAGAUGAUGUGCGUGGAGAAAGGCGCCGACGGGGCGGCGGCCGUGACGACGUUGGGUCCGCCGCGCGAUAACUUCACGCAGCUGAGCAACUCCACCGACCACGCCCGAAAACGCCGGGGCCUUCUGGACCUCCUCUGGCUCCCCGAGGUCCUGGACUCGCACGCAAGCGAGCACCACAGGCUCAAGCGCAGCGCAGACGCCAACGCCACCUCGCCGCCGGCUAACGGCACCCUCCCGGCACCGAGCACCGCCUCCCCCCCGCCAAACACCACCCUGGUCACCAGCACCACCUCCCCAGCCCCGACCGCGGCCAAGGAGUACCAGAUCGUCUACAACAAGGACCAGGUGGAGAGCAUCUUCCUGCUCAUCCUGCUCGUCAUCAUCGUGGGCGAGUUCUUCAGCGCCCCCACCCUCACCAUCGUGGACACCGUCACCCUGCAGAACCUCGGGAAGGCGCGCGACCGCUACGGCCUGCAGAGGAUGUGGGGGUCGCUGGGCUGGGGCAUGGCCAUGCUGCUGGUGGGCAUCUGGAGCGACCACACCUACUUCACGGUGGCGAUCAGCGGCCUCGGCUGCCUGGUGCCCGACUUCCGCCUCCACAACUACCAGAUCGCCUUCAUCGCCUUCGGCGUGCUGAUGGUGGUGGCGUUCGCCGUCGCCACGCAGUUUCACUUCGAAGACGGCGGCCGGCGCCGGCAGGAGCCCCCAGAGGCGGCGGCGGCGGAGGAGGACGCCGGCGCCGAGGGAGCGGCGCCCGAGUCCGCCCCCCCGGAGUUCCACUACGGCGACCUGCUGAAGCUGCUCUGCAGCGUGCGCUACAGCUCCGUGCUCUUCGUGGCCUGGUUCAUGGGCUUCUGCUACGGCUUCGUCUUCACCUUCCUGUACUGGCACCUGGAGGACCUGCACGGCACCGCCACGCUGUUCGGCGUCUGCUCCGUCCUCAGCCACGCCUCCGAGCUCGCCACCUACUUCUCCAGCCACAAGUUCAUCGAGCUGGUCGGACACGUCAGGGUGCUGUACAUCGGCCUGGCCUGCAACACGGCCCGCUACCUGUACAUCUCCUACCUGAAGAACGCCUGGACCGUGCUGCCCUUGGAGGUCCUUCAAGGUGUGACGCACGCCUCCGUGUGGGCCGCCUGCAUCUCCUUCCUCAGCGCGGCGGUGCCUCCGGACCUCAGGACGUCGGCGCAGGGCAUCCUGCAGGGCCUCCACCUGGGCCUGGGCCGGGGCUGUGGCGCCAUGGUGGGGGGGGUGUUCGUCAACUACUUUGGCGCGGCGGCGGCGUUCAGAGGGAUCGGCAUGGCCUCCCUCGUCAUCCUCCUGGUCUUCGCCCUCAUCCAGUGCCUGACUGGAGAGGAAGAGGGGAAAGAGGACCAGAUGCUGGCGGAGAACAUCCCGGUUGCCUCCAGCCCGGUUCCCAUCGCCACCAUCGACCUGGUGCAGAACCAGUCCGCCGCCGGUAGCCCCGCCCCCCUCCGCAGAGCCGCCGCGCUGCCCGUCAAGAAGACCAAGCACCAGCAGGAGCAGGAGGACCUGAACAAGCCGGCCUGGGUGCUCUCCGGCGCCCCCUGGGUCACCGUCGCCUUCGCCAUCCUCCAGAUCAGAGAGAUGAUGAACGACAAGAAGAAACAGGCCCCGGAGACGCGAUCGCUGCAGGUGAGCCAGGCGCCCAACGAGCAGCCGGAGGCCGCGGACGAGGUGGCGGACGGAAACCCGAGUGACGGCGCUGAAACGCCCACGGACUCCUAACGAGGACGUGAAACAAGCGCACCCAAACCGGCGUGGAGACUCAUGACCAACAAAGAGAAGUGGAGGGGGGGGUGGGGGUCAGGGUGAGUGUGAGUGUGGGGGAGGAGGUGUGCGUUAUGAGCCUUCGCCUCGCUUCCGAGGUGCGGGAAUCAAACCCACACCUGUAUCUGGUGUGUGAAGGAAAGUCCUUCAAAGUUAUUUAAUAACUUCAUUUUCUUUAAGAAAGUGAUGAAAUGGAACCAUAUGGAGAGAAGUGCUUUAUAAGGGAAAUAUUUAAAAAAAAAACUUGAAUGCAGCUCCUUAAAACCUGCAGAAAGCUUUUGACUUUCUAUAAACUGAAUUAUUUUAUUUAUUGUGCAGCUUUUUUUCCUCAUUUCUCUUACAGAAAACCUUCUGUGGCCUUGUUGAAAUGAAUAUUUUAUGGGUCAAUGUUUAAUUUGCAUCAGAUUCAUUCACUCUUAAAUACUAUAAAUUAUUAUUAAUGUGAGACGUCUUAUUUCCUCGACACGCUGUAAUUACUGUUUUUGUUUUCUACUUUCAUGCCAAAUAUUAAACCGAAUUGUGUGUUUAUUGUUGGUCUCGAGGGAAAAGAGUCUGUUGUUUUCUUUCCUGCAGAUUAAACAAUUAAAGGGUGUUAAUUCUCA